CGCUCCUUCGAAUUUCACCCUCUCCAGCCAACCCACUCUCAUCGCAUCAACAUUCUUUCUGCUUACGCUCCAGCAUUACCAUGGCUCGUUUCACUUUGGUCGCUCUGGCAUUGGCCGGCAUCGUGCACACAGGUAGCGCUCUCACCCUGGGGGCUCGAUCAGAGACUGAGACUCUCCAUCGACGAUGGACUCCUACCGGCUCUUCGGACAACUCGAACGAGUGCACCCCCUUGGAACUGAUCUGGUUCCGAUCCGCUGCUGAAUCGCAAGCACGCCUUGGUCUGCUGGGUGACCCCAUGUACUCGGAGAUCCUCAAGUACGAGCCAAAGGCUAGCGCGUACAAUGUCAUCUUCAACGAGGCUACCUACGAGGAGACGAUCACCAAUUUCCUUGGUGGUCAGGAUGCCACGCAGUGGAUCAACAAGAGAGCCGCACAAUGCCCCAAUCAACGCUACGUCGUCGGAGCAUACUCCAAAGGAACGCUUGGAGUGCACCAGAUGUUCCCUGCAGCAGACGUCAGGCCACGCGUAGCUGCGACGGUCGUGAUCGGAGACGCCAUGAGGAUCAGACCUUACUUUCCUCCCGCGGCUCUCAACUCCACCUGGCCUUCAAAUGGCGAGAGGACACUCUCCCAGCCGUGCAACUUCAACGAUCUCAUUUGCUGGCCUGGCGGCACCGACCACGACACCCACCUGUUCGGAGGCUACAUCGGUCAAAUUCCCGCGCUAGCCAAAUUCAUGAUCGAUCGCUACAAGGAGAACAAGCGCGCCGUCUUUCCAAACGCCAAGGGCAUCAUGACAAAUCUCAACCAGGUUCUCUCUUCAAAGGAUGUUCCCGGCCUGCUGAAGAAUGUCGGCAACCUGCUCAAUGUCUAGGCGGUGCGUAAACGCACGGGAUGAGGGCUGAGCAUAUCGCUGGGACGCCCCGUCAUCAACGGUGGCACGUUGGACCUGUUGACUUUCCUCUUGCGAGUCUACACUCUGCGUCACUCUUUUUCUAAAUCUGUGCUCCUCUACAAUCUUGUUCCACAUUGUAAUCCCAGUGUCAUCACUUUCGCAUAUCCACUCGGCCUUCAUGACGGUGCACCCGAGGAAUGUCACG